UUUGAAUAUUUUGAUGAUUACCCUUGGGAGAGCAUAGCAAAUGAUGUCCUUUACUGCCAGCUUUCUGUCAAGACCAACCUUUGCACCAUGGCGUCUGACGAAUCCGCCAUCACGAUCCAGUUCACCACUGUAUCAAAGUUGUUUGAAGAGAUCUAUGCUGGCGGUACCCGAGAUGCCCUUGUGGUGCAAAAUGUCUCCCAGCAAGACUAUACCGACAUCGACAAUGAGCGAGAGCGAGGGAGACUCGAGCGGUGGUCAAAUAAGUCGCCUAGGUCCUUCCUGAGAAGCGACAUGAAGUGGUGGUUCAGCGCCUCGGAUCAUCAAGUCAAUAUUGUUCUCCUCGUCAAGUUCGACCCGAGUUCUGAGGACAUCAUCAUUGAAAGGUGGCAAGCUGCGCAGGGCGAUACAGCAAGCCUCGAGCCCAGCCGUUCUCAGGUCAUCACCAUCAGCCGAGGGCUCAACACGGAAACGGUUGACAAUGUGUCCGGAGGACCAUUACGACUGGAUUUCGAGCUCCUCUUCCUCAGAGCGCCACGGCAAGGAGAGGAUGAUAUAGUGCUGCCCGCCGGUGUACUUCAGCACCUGGCUGACACAGUCAGGAGAGUACGGAGUAGGCCUUAA